GCCAGUUUUAUAUCAUCGCCAUGAUGUGAAUCUCGUGUCUGAAGUAAUGUGAAGUGUGAGGUGUUUUAGUAAAAUUUUGUUUCAAAAAUGGCCAUGGAACGGUUCCAGACGCCUUUUUUAAAUCAGAUAUUCGUUGCGAGUGGAAUACUCAGCACGAUCCUGAGUUGUGGCCUGGGACUGGGGUUCCUUGCUGCCUUCCUGGACCAGAACCUUCUAGAAGACGACACAAGACAUUUCGAUAACACAUCAAUGGGUUUUAUUGAAACCGCCGGAGAGGUGGCGUUCGUACCGUCUAUUCUGAUAAUACCCUACACAAUGCAGAAGAAAGGCCGUCGGAUAGCAGCCAUUGCGACCAUCUUGCCUCUUUUAUUCAGCUGGUUAAUCAGCUUCGCCGCCAAGCAUUUCACCGGGCUACUAUUGGUUAAUAUUCUUCAUAAUAUCGCACUUGGCGGCGCCGCCACAAUCAGCAGUAUCAUCAUUUCUGAAAUGUGCAGCCCGAAGUAUCGAGGAACGUUUCUUAUGCUUGAAACGGCUAUGAUAUCUUUAGGUGUAUUGCUCAGCCAUAUUUCGGGGAUCUAUUCUUGCUGGGGAUUAAUUUCUGCAUUAGGGUUAUUGACAGCUUUUUACGGAUUAAUAGUUUCUUAUCUAUCACCAGAGAGUCCCUAUUGGCUGAUAAGUCAAGGUCAUAUGGUGAUGUGCGCAGAAAAUUUUCACUGGCUACGAGGAAGCGACCAAGAAGCUUGCAAGGAAUUAGAAAGUUUAAUGCUGACUUAUAAAAUUAAAAUUCAAUUGGAGGCAAUGAAGCCUGUAAGGAAAUUAGGCGUUAGAGAGAAGAUCCUGGAUUAUCUACGGUCAUUAAUAAAAGUGGAUUUUCUAAAGCCUCUUUCUAUAAUGAUAUUGCUGUUCAGCUUCGUAGGUUUCGGAGGCGAAAAUAUCGUUUCAAACAGCUCCUUUAGAAACAUAUUUAAAUUAACUAAUGGGAAAUAUAUAGGGACUAUUAUUUUGGAUGUUCUAGCUUUGGUAUGUUCAUUGACCGCUUGCGUUUUGCUGCAGAUUGUUCGAAGGAAAACUUUGUUCUUAUUUACAGGAUCUUGUUCGAUUCUGUUUUUAGGUUUAACGAGUCUGUUCGUUAUAUUGCAGUCGCUUCAUUUGUUUUCUAAGGAUUAUUUAUGGUUGUUCUUGACUGUAGUUACAGGUUUUGCAAUGUUUAUGUCUUUAGGUACAACAGCGUUACCAUUCUCUCUCCUUGGAGAAAUAUUCCCUAUGUCUUAUAAAGGAGUGGGCAGUUCAUUAACAUGUGCAUACUUAUGGGCAUUUGGUAAUACAAUUUUGAAAUUCAUACCAACAUUAUCAACAUUGUUAGGGUUGCAUUGGAUUUUAUUCAUAGCUGUUUUUGUAAUGCUUUCUAUAUUGAUUUUUAUCAAUAAAGUACUGCCAGAGACGGGAAUGAAAUCUUUAAUAGAAAUAGAACAGUUUAUGAAAGGUGAAGAUGAAUAUGAAGCAGUCACAGCAAUAGAAGAAGAAGAUAAUCAAGAAUUUGAUAGGCUGCAACUGUUUUUGGUCUAGGUACCAUAAUUAUGCCUUCUCAUUAAAAUACAUAAAACUUUUAAUUAAAAUUUCAUUGUAGUAUUAUGCUUAUGUAUUAUAAAUGUGGACUCAUUAGCAGCGUUUAAAUUCUAAUGAAUGAAAAGGACUGUAAAAUGUGAUGAAAUUUUAAAUCCUCCGUAUUUUGCGUAUUUAAUAAAACCUUUGUCUAGA